AUGGCCAAAGACUACUAUAAAAUCCUUGGUGUUGCGAAGGGGGCCAGCGAUGAUGAGAUCAAAAAGGCUUACCGAAAAAUGGCUUUGAAGUACCAUCCCGAUAAGAAUAAGGAGCCUGGAGCAGAAAACAGGUUUAAGGAAAUCGCUGAGGCAUACGAUGUGCUUUCUGAUCCAAAGAAAAAAGAAAUAUAUGAUAAGUAUGGCGAAGAUGGCCUGAAGAAUGGUGGACCUGAUGUUGGAGGUCCAGGAGGAUUCCAUUACGAGUUCCAAGGCGAUCCUAUGCGCAUGUUCGCGCAAUUUUUUGGAACCGAUGAUCCAUUCAGUAGUAUAUUUGGAAUGGGUGGCCACGGUGGAAACAUGUUUUUCAAUAUCGGAGGUAAUGGCAUGGAUGAAACACUAAAUGGCUUCUCUGCAUUUGGUGGUGCUCCACAUGGACAUCGAAGAACUGCUCCUAAGCAAGAUCCUACAGUGCAACACGAGCUUCAAGUCAGCUUAGAAGAUAUUUAUAGGGGAUGUACAAAGAAGAUGAAAAUAACAAGGAAAAUCUUAAAUGCAGAUGGUCAUUCAACCCGUGUGGAGGAUAAAGUUUUGACAAUUAACGUCAAACCAGGAUGGAAAAGUGGAACAAAAAUCACAUUUCCGAAGGAAGGUGAUCAGCAUCCUGGACGGGUCCCUGCUGACAUUGUCUUUGUCAUCAAGGACAAACCACACAAAAUCUUCAAACGUGAGGCAUGCGAUCUUCGAUAUAUCCAUCGAGUUGCAUUGCGUGAUGCUCUAUGUGGCUGCACUGUUGAGAUCCCAACUCUUCUAGGAACCACUACGUCAUUGAGGCUCGAUAUCAUCAAGCCAAAUACAGUAAGAAGGAUUACCGGAAAAGGUUUGCCUAACCCGAAAGCUCCCGGUCAUUUCGGUGACUUGAUUGUACAGUUCGAAAUAGAGUUUCCCUCAAAACCAAUUACCGAUCCAGUUUUGCGCGAACAGUUAAUGAGAAUUUUACCACCUCUGUCCCAUGCAUGA